CUAUAAUAUUGAAAGAACCGUAAUUUACCUUGAGAAUGACUUGAAUAAUGAUCAUAAUCAGCAUUGUCAAACUUGUUUGAACAAGAGACACUGCAUUUGCAUCUACCAUUGCAUAGUAUUUUGUCUUUGAAGCAUUUGCAGCGUCUGUUCAGACAUGACUGGGUGUAUCCAUACUUACUGAUCCCUUGCCCAUGUGCCUUCAAAUCUGCAAUAGCCAUUUCUCGCAGAUUUACUUCCUGAUCCUUUGUUACUUUUUCAAGUGACAUGAAUUUUUUAGUACAUAUGUACUGAUUACGGAUGCACAACCUUCAGACAUUAAUGUGAUUUACGUAACUUAUAUUAAAUGCAAGUGCCGGCGUUCUGCAAGUAAUGUCUAUUGUUAUGUUAUUAUUGUAAUGCUCCCAUCACAACCCAUCCUUUAUCUAUAUUAUGUAUCCCUCUAUUAUUUCAAUGUUUAUAUUAUAAUAUGUUUGUAUCUUGUAAUUCGUGUGUGCAUUGUAAUUUACAUAUAAAUUUCGUAGGAAUUCUAGAGAGUUCGACGACGUCACUCCUUUGUGGAGAAACCUUCAUGUCGGAAGCAAUGAAAUUAAAUCGCGCGCGCCGUUUUUUAAAGUUCCAAGCGCUUAACUAAUAAGAGCGUAGAUGACCAUAUGUGGUGUUGGGCUUCCCUCUUGCCGAGUGAGGAGCCCACGCAGCAGACUCGAGCGAAACGCAGUGCUGAACACUACCACUGCCACCGCAUUUCCUCCUCUUAAUUGAGUAUUCCUUGUUGCUAGGACUGUCUCUUCGGCGCUGUUGUGGCCACUGUGUUUAGUCAGCAAAUUUGGUGUAUGGUUUUAUCCCUAUAUUAUUGAGAUAUUAUCUUGAAGCAGCGUGUGGAAGCUUGCUCAGUUUUGCUGUGUUUAUCAGUGAACUAUCUUGGGUGUUGACAGUUAAUAUAUGGCCUUGAUGUGAUGGUGAUUUAUCUAUUAGUGUGUGAAUCAGCUAUAGGAGUGGAUACGUGUUUGGUGUGGUUAUUUAUUUCAUUUUGAUAAGGUCUGUCUAUGUUUAUUUGUUUAUUUAGUUAUUUUUUCUUAUAUCUAGUAAUCAAUACGCACCCGGGCAGCCUAAUUAUUUAAUCUCUCUGUGUUGAUCUGUUAUUUUUCUUAUAUAUGUAAUCGUGCUGCUGAAGAGAAUGACGUCAAGUGUGUGGUUCUUAUUUCAUAAUAAUUCAGCUGUGACUAUACCUACUGUCUGAUUCAUUUCUAUUUUGAAGUGAUAUAUCUUACGAUUGUCUUCAUGUUACUUUUCUGGAUGUAGCUGUAAUUACUUUAACUGUCAACGAACUUUAACUUAUCCCCUCAUAGUGAUCAAGCUUAACUUCUGCUCCAUUUGUGGCUAAAUAAAUCUUGUUAAAAGCUUCCUUUCCGUGAACCUUCUCCCCAGUAAUUUUCAGUUUCUCUUACGUCUUUGAGUUAACCCUUAAAGGUGUAUACCGAGUACUAUUGUCUUGUUUCAUUACGCACACUUUUGUGAAGAAAAAUCAAAUUCAAUCAAACAGUAAGGAAAUCUUCACUAAUGAUAGCAGCAUCAUUGCAGUACAGUGCAGAGCGGGGCAGAAGGGAGGAAGGUGUUCGUGCUGUUUGUCAGAAAGUGCCAGCAGCCGCCGCCACUCACUUUAGGCGAACACACUAUACUUGUAAUAAUUUUGACUGUGAACCUCUAACUCUAUCCGUCAAUAAUUGCCUUGCAGCAAAUAGUGUGCACUACAGUAAGAUGAGUAGGCAGCUGUUGAGUGGCCACAAGGUGGAACAGGCGAGUGAAGAGGAAGUCAAGAAAAUGGAGAUGGUUCCUUUCGUUCGUGGGAUAGUCCGCAUUCUCCCUGAGGGCUGGCUGUAUCCCUGGAGCGCGACUAUCUUCCUCGACAAGAUAUACAACAUGAAGUUCAGAAGUGACGACGUGAUCGUGAUGACGUUCCCGAAGUGCGGCACCACCUGGAUGCAGGAGAUUGUGUGGACCAUGCUGCACAACCCCAACCUGGACAACCCCGAGGCAGACGAAUCAAUAUGGUCGCGUUCCCAUGAAAUCAGAUCUAGAUCCUGGUGUAACACAAUGCCUGGUAAUAAGAGGGCUGAACACUGGGUGUAUGUAGCUGCCAGGAAAGUUAAGGCUAACAUGGCAGACCUUCCUUGGUUCCCUCUGCUCCAUGAGUGUGCUGGAGUCACAGGCCUGAACCAGCCUCUUCCAGGAGUCAUCUGUGAGUUUCUAUCUCUUGUUAUUGAGGCCUCCUUUGCAAAGGUCUCAGAGGUGGAGGUUGAGCUCUAUCCAAGGAUCACGGAAGUGCAGGCUGAGUUCCAUGUGAGGAUAUCAGACCUGCAGGCCGAGUUCUGCCGGAAGAGCUCAGUGUCUGAAGGAAGGUUGUGUCCCACGGUCGUGUACGUGGCCAGGAAUCCCAAAGACAUGAUGGUCUCCUUUUACUGGUUCUGGAAGGACUUUAGCAUUUUUCAAUAUCGUGGGGACUUCGAAAGUUGCGUCAGACAACUCAUGAAUGGAUCAACGUUAUUUAGUCCGUAUUGGCCACACGUAAAGGAGGCAUGGCAGAAGAGGCACCACCCAAACGUGCACUUCGUCUUUUACGAAGACCUGAAAGCUGACACCAUGCUGGAGCUAAGGAAGCUGAACGAUUUCUUAGGAACACGACUGAGCGAGGUGAAACUUGAGGCAGUGGCGCAACACAUUUCCUUCUCUUCUAUGAAACAUUCCGGUGAUAUCCAUAUAAAAAAAAUUUGGGGAGAGGCAAAGUUGGAUAAGACAUCAUUUUUCCGCAAAGGAACUACUGGUGACUGGAAAUACCACUUCUCACCUGAACUCCAGGAGGAGGUGGACAGGUGGAUCGAGAAAAAUGUUGCAGAUACCGACAUUAGUUUGAGAUGGGCUCUGUGGCAGUGAGGCAAGUCUUGCUGCUGCGAGUGCACGGGGUGACGGGCGUUGUGUCUGUCACUGCCAGCUACGUCAUCACCCUUCUUUGUUUUUCUUCGUUAACAUGAGCAGCCCUAGCUUCAUCAUUGCCCUGCCUCCUCGACUUCCUCCUCCUCCUCCUCCUCCUCCUCCUCCUCCUCCUCCUCUUCUCCCUCCCUCCUUGAGAACAACGCCAGACGUUUUCCUUUGUUUCAGUGGGGUCAGUACCAUCUCACUUCAAAAUUAUGCAGUCAAAUCCUUGCCUUCUUUCAUUAAAAGUUUUAAUUUACAUUUUCUUCUGACUCUUUCAGAUGUGAAUUAUAUGUCAUUCAUGUUGUGUUUAUUAGCUGUCGUUUCUUGCACCACUAUCAAAGGUGUUUCUGUAUAACUCCACCUCCUUUGCCUUCGUAUCUUUCAUGAUAAUUGCUUUUCAACUUGACGCUGCUACUGCUGUUUUUCCCUCUCACAUUAAUAACUAACAUUGUAUUUGUAUUAGUUGAUGUUUCUAAAAGUGUAUAUCUUAUAUGCCGAGAUAAUACCAAUGUUAAUCAUACAUAGAGAUCGUUAAGCUCAACUAACACUGCUCAAUAAAGUUUUGAUUGUGG